AUGACAACAGGACCUCUGCGCCUCUGGCUCGUCCUCGCGCUCCAGCUGAGAUGCGUCACACCGCUGGCCAUCCCGCUGGACAGGGGGACACAGGGGCGGCACGACGCGCUGAGCACGGCGAGCGAAAAGCUUGACGCGUUGUCCCAUCUGAAGGACUUACCUCGAGGUCCGCCGGUCGCUCCUCACAAGAAGGCGCCGCAGUUUAUGUUGGAUCUGUUUAACGCCGUGACGGUUUCUGACGGGCGCCCAAAAAGUCAGAAGGAGAUUCUGGAAGGAAACAUAGUGCGGAGUUUCGAGGAUAAAGGUCAUGCUGGAGAGAGAUUUCACUUCUUCAACCUGUCCUCUUUUGGCAAAGAGGAGAAAAUGAUCAAAGCAGAGUUCCGCUGGUUUAGAAAGAAACAGAAAUUUUACCUUGGAAAAUCAUUCGGGCCCCAUUUCUAUAAGGUGGAUCUGUAUGAGGUGCUGGACAGCCGAGUGAAGCCCUGGAGAGGAAACCUCAUCACCUCCAGACUGGUACCCCUUUAUACACAGGGAUGGGAAGUCUUCAAUGUCACUCAAAUGGUGUCAAAGUGGAUCCGCAACAGCCAGGAGAAUAACGGCAUCCUCGUGGUGACCACACUUCCCUCUGGAAACUGGAUGGACUCUGUGGUGUCCUCAUCGACGCAGAAUGGAGAGCAGACAAACACAAACGCCUACCUGGUCAUAUUCUCAGAUGACGGGAGGACAGGAGCAUCGAACCAGUCAUACCUGGGACAAGUUCAACCUGCAGCAUCAGAACUCCAUGAGCACCGAAGCAGGAGAAGACGUGCAUCUCCAGGUUCCCUCUCCCAUGGCCGCUCUCAGUCUUGUCAGCGGGUACCCCUCUUCGUCGACUUUGAGGAGAUCGGCUGGUCCGGCUGGAUCAUCUCUCCCCGGGGAUACAACGCCUACCACUGUAAAGGCUCCUGCCCGUUCCCACUUGGGGGAAGCCUUAGGGCGACCAACCACGCCACUGUACGCUCCAUCAUGCACGCUCUCAAGCUCUCUGGUGAUGAAGUGGGAGCGCCCUGCUGUGUCCCUGACAGACUCCAGUCCAUCAGUUUGUUGUAUUUUGAUGAUGAGGAGAACGUGGUUUUGAAGCAGUAUGACGACAUGGUGGCGUUGAGCUGCGGCUGUCACUGA